AGCCGACAAUCUUUGAAAAGCAAAAUUCAGCAUUAUAAUAUUUUCUAGGUCUUCAAGCAACUCACAGUUCUCGCCCGUUUACCCUUGUGCUUCAAUUAUGAGAAACAUCAAAAAAUUCUCUGCCCGAUAAACUUCCGUGCCUUGUUGUCGGACAUCUUUCUUUCACUUCAGAACUAUCAAACUUGGCUUCCAAACAGUUAUAUUUUUUUUUAGAGGUUAAGAGUCAGCUGCACUUUUUACUUAACUUUUGACGUUUAAACCUAGGAACUCUCUGCCAUUAGAGAUUAUGUAACCUCUGCGCACCUGUUCAUCUUGCACAAGGUCCUUCUGUUAGGAAGAGAUGGGAGCACGAAGAGGAGCAAUCUGCCCUGUCUGUGAAAAACCAUUUGCCCAGGCUUACAGCUUGACUAUUCACAUGCGGAUCCACAAUGGAGAGAAGCCAUUUCCUUGUUCAAUAUGUGGACGCCGCUUCACUCAGGCUCAUUCACGCACCAAGCAUGAGCGUACUCACACAGGUGAGAGGCUGCACGGCUGCCCUAUCUGUGGGAAGCGCUUUGGAGAGCCUUUCAUGUUAAAGCGCCACAUGCGUGUGCAUACAGGAGACAAGCCGUUCCGAUGCCUGGAGUGUGGACGGUCGUUUUCCGACAAAUUUGGAUUGAAGCGGCACUUGAAAACCCACGUGAGUGUGAAAGCUCAUGUCUGCCCUGACUGUGGAGAGAGCUUCUCAAACUCGUGGCUUUUAGCAACCCACCAGCUGCAUCAUAUGGGAAUCUCUGCUCCAACUGCCAGUCAAGGGGAAUUUCCUCCAGUCCCUGGCGUACUAAAGAGGAAAUCCGGUGACACUGGCCCAGUAGCACCUGCAGCAGCUGCUGCCUUGCAACAAGCACAAGAACAGGCACAACACAUUCAAGCUCAAGUGCCUGUUCCUCAGGUUGUGCAUAUUCAACAGGUUCCACAUGAACAACCAGCUCAUGAACAAACACCUCCCCCAAGGCAAUCUAAUGGAAGCAUCUCAGGGAAAAAAAAGACUCAUAUUUGUUUGGUUUGUGGUAAAGGAUACUCUGAUGCCUGGGGACUGUCGAAGCAUAGUUGGGUUCAUACAGGCAUCAAACCAUACAGUUGUUCAGAGUGUGGGAAGGGAUUUGGUGAUAAAUGGAGCCUGACAAAACAUAUGAGAGUCCACUCAGGGGAGCGACCAUACGAGUGUUUCUUGUGUGGGCAGUGUUUUCCAGACAAGUCAGCUCUCCAGAGCCACCUGCAUGUGCACACUGGGGAAAAGCCAUACAUUUGUGAUGUAUGUGGGAAGUGUUUUGCAGCUGCUCGUGCCCUCCAGGAGCAUAGAGCUAGUCAUGUUGACCGUGACCAGCAUGCUUGUCCUGUGUGUACUCGGGUUUUCAUGACCAAGAGGGGAGUCAAUGACCAUUGGAAGAAACACUGUGGCAAAGACAACCCUACAGCAAUUGAAAACCUUACGACUGCUGUUGACAAUCCUGUUCCUACAACCUUAUGCACUGUUGAAUUGAAACCUGAUCAAGAACUUUCUGCAGUAGCUCUAGUGGCUUCAUCAGAUUAUCAACCAGUCCAGGUAGCCCCUGUGCAGGUUGUGCAGCAAGCUCAAGUUCAGGCCCAGAACCAAGGACCAGUUCAAGUUCAAAUUCAAUUGCAGUCUGGAAAAGACCUAUGGCCAGGCUCUGCGUGGGAAUCAGCAAGUCUUCUAGAAGUUCCUGCCCCAGGUAGUUCAGGAAAAGUUGAAGCCAAAAUUACUCCCAUAUUUUUCUGCGAAGUGUGCCACAAAACUUUCCGGCAGCUCUCUCAGCUUGAGAAACAUAAGACCAUUCACACAUCUGGUUCAAAGGGAAAGGAGUCCAUACAAGUCUCAAGAAAUGAGGAUCAAGAAAGAGUAGCUCAACAUCGUUGUGAUAGUUGUGAAAAGACUUUUGCAUCUUUGAGUUGUCUAAAGACUCAUCUAGAAUCAGAGGGUUGUCCUAAAAACUGUGCACUUUGUGGUAAAGCAUAUCGUACCAUGAAUCCCGAUGGUGCUCGUGUAACCUCUCCUUAUUGUGAAACUUGUAUUGUAUCUCAUCAUUUUGAUGCUCAUGCUGACUUGACUUCACCAAAACGCUCUCAACAUCCACCCUGGUCAUUUGAUGCCACUCACAUGGCAUUUCAGAAGCACAUAUCAGUGCAUAGUGAUGGUACUAAACCUUGUAGUUGUGGCCAUUGUGAUGGGAUGUUUUCAAGCCAUGCCGCUUUACCAGCCCAUGUAUUAUCAGUGCCUACUGCUGGUGUAUGACAGUAUGCCAAUCCCUGUUUAGCUAGAAAAUCACCACCUCCGCGUCAAUCUUUGAGACAGUUUACACAACUCUUGUAGGUUUUAUAAGCUAAUAAUUUGAACCAAUAUCUCUAUUGACAUCUUUGAAUGUGUUGUGAAAUUAAAUUCCUUCUCACAUGUCCAUGGGAAUAAUGUUCAGUUGUGGAUCAGUAUUUUAGAAUAAUCUGUUAGCUUCUGUUUUUCUUGUGCAUAUAAGUAUGUAUUUGACGGUGAUGAUAAACUCUUGCUUGAUGUUCAGGGAUAAAUGCUGUGUUCAUUGUUCGUAAGUGCUAUGAAAUAACAUACUUUCAUAUUUAACUACCCUGUAAUUAAGCAACAAGGGAUGAGCUGUGUAGAUGUGAAAAACACAAUACUCUAUCUAUAGUAACAAAUAGUUUAAAGGUGAAGUGUUUAUGAUCUGUACAGAUAAAGCGGCUACAAAUUGUGGAUCCUUCAUAAUUUUGAUUUGAAAAAAUCAUUGUUUCUACAGAAAUUGUUACAUUUUUAUUUCAUCUAUUUUCCUAAGGAUUUCAAGCAAUCUAGUCUCAUCAUUGACAAGAAGCCAUAUAGCAUAUGGAAUUUUUCAUUUAAAAAAAAUGUACCAUAAUAUAUGACCUUCACUUAAUACAGAAAGUUUUAAGAGACUAAGAUGUACGGUAAAUGGAAAUCAAGUAGUUAAAUUGACUCAUGUUUGUUGUAAAUGUGUUUAUUUCUGUUAUUGUGUGUAAUUUUUCAAAUUAAACUAUAGCUUGUUUUCUAAAUCAUUAAAAAUUUCUAUUAUCUCUACAGAAUAACUUUCUUUUCAUUUGGUUUUUAAUAUUUAAGGAAAAAUACACCACUGCCACUUAAAAAAUCUAAAAUUUGAAGAAACUUGUUCCAUCUAUCAAGGGAUGAAGAUAAUCUAAUAGAUGCGUAUUGCAUACAUAUUUAGUUUAUGUAAUGCAAUAGUGCAUCACAAUAAAUUGUGAUUUCACUCCCCCACCAUUUUUAUCAUGAGACCUCUACAUGAAUUCUUAAAUCCCACCAGUCGACCAGUCAGUUGAAGUAGAUGUACCAAUUGUAGUUUUGCCUUAACAUUUUUUUUGUUCUAACCCAAACAUCUUUAAAUUUUGGAGUUCAGCAUUCUACUUUGUAUAGUAACAAACAGCCUUUGUUCAUUUCUUAAAAUCAUGACUCACCAAGGAACAUCUCCAAUAUUUCAGUUUAUGGCCAUGCAAGUGACUCUGCUUGGGACCAAUUUUUAAUGUGAUUUGAAUGAAAGUUUGGCAUAGUGAAAAUGCAUUUUAGUGAUGUCCUUUCUUUAGCAAAGACUUGAGGCCAGUUGUAGAACAAUCUGUUACCAAUGAUAUUUACCUAGUUGUUAAUUUUUUUUUUUUUUUUUUUCCCCUUUAUAUGUUUAUUAAAGCUUCUGUUAUGCUUUGAUCUUGUCAUGUGUACCAAAUAUGGGUCAUUUUCUGUUCUUAUUGUUCACAUAUGAGAAGACAAAUAACUAGUAGUUGGUCUUCAUUUCAUACAUGUUAAUGGAGAAAUGGUAAAUAUAAUGUCUUCUGCUCAAAUUUACU